CAGAGGAAGAAACCGAGAUGACCGUUGAGGCCGACCUCACUGAGAAACAGAAGCAUCAGCUGAAGCAUAGGGAACUCUUUCUGUCUCGCCAGUAUGAGUCCCUGCCCGCCACACACAUCAGGGGGAAAUGCAGUGUGGCCCUGCUGAACGAGACAGAGUCGGUGCUGUCCUACCUUGACAAAGAGGAUGCUUUCUUCUACUCGUUGGUGUACGACCCUUCAGUGAAGACGUUAUUGGCUGACAAGGGUGAAAUCAGAGUGGGUCCAAAGUACCAGGCUGACAUUCCAGACAUGCUCCCCGAAGGAGACUCAGAUGAGAGGGAACAAUCAAAAUUGGAAGUAAAAGUUUGGGAUCCCAAUAGUCCGCUUACGGAUCGACAGAUUGACCAGUUUUUAGUUGUAGCCCGUGCCGUCGGGACGUUCGCCCGUGCCCUGGAUUGCAGCAGCUCCGUGAGGCAGCCUAGCUUGCAUAUGAGCGCGGCCGCAGCCUCCCGAGACAUCACCCUGUUCCAUGCCAUGGAUACGCUGUACAGGCACGGCUAUGACCUGAGCAGUGCCAUAAGUGUUCUGGUGCCACUUGGAGGGCCAGUCCUGUGCCGAGAUGAGAUGGAGGAGUGGUCGGCCUCCGAAGCCAGCUUGUUUGAAGAAGCACUGGAAAAAUAUGGCAAAGAUUUCAACGAUAUCCGUCAGGACUUUCUCCCGUGGAAGUCCUUGACCAGCAUCAUUGAAUAUUAUUACAUGUGGAAAACUACUGACAGAUACGUGCAGCAGAAACGUCUAAAAGCAGCAGAAGCCGAGAGCAAGCUGAAACAAGUGUAUAUCCCAACUUACAGCAAACCAAAUCCCAACCAAAUAUCCACCAGCAAUGGCAAGUCCGGCACUGUGAAUGGAGCUGUGGGGACCACGUUCCAGCCCCAGAACACCCUCUCAGGGCGCGCCUGUGAGAGCUGCUAUGCCACACAGUCUCACCAGUGGUAUUCCUGGGGCCCACCUAACAUGCAGUGUAGACUGUGUGCGACCUGUUGGCUGUAUUGGAAAAAGUAUGGCGGUCUGAAAAUGCCCACCCAGUCAGAAGAACAGAAGUCUCCCAGCCCUACUGCAGAGGACCCACGCGUGAGAAGCCACCUGUCCCGGCAGGCCAUGCAAGGCAUGCCGGUCCGGAACACCGGGAGCCCCAAGUCUGCGGUGAAGACCCGCCAAGCUUUCUUCCUCCAUACUACGUAUUUCACAAAAAUUGCUCGUCAGGUCUGCAAAAACACCCUGCGGCUGCGGCAGGCAGCGAGACGGCCGUUUGUUGCUAUUAAUUAUGCUGCCAUUAGGGCAGAAUAUGCAGACAGACACGCCGAACUUUCUGGAAGCCCGCUGAAAAGCAAAAGCACUAGGAAACCUUUGUCAUGUAUCAUUGGGUAUUUAGAGAUCCAUCCUGCAAAGAAACCUAAUGUAAUUCGAUCUCCGCCGAGCCUGCAAACUCCAACUACCAAGAGGAUGCUCACCACUCCGAAUCACACAUCCCUGAGCAUUCUGGGGAAAAGAAACUACAGUCAUCACAAUGGCCUGGAUGAACUUACCUGCUGUGUGUCAGACUGAGCUAUCCCUCUUCCAUCCUGUACUUCAAGACCUGCUACUGUCCCCGCUGGUGGUCACAGCCAUGCCUGGAAAGAAGGUGGCUCCUUCAGUGGGAGAGCUCCGCGUACACCCCUUGGCGUCCUAGAGGGGCCGGGGAGAAACUGUAGGAGCGCGCAGUCCGUAUCCGCGACUCCGUGUGUGAACCAGAGACACCUAGCUUCCUUCCCAGAGACCUUGCUGUCCCAGAAUGGACGUG